AUGAAGACGAAAGAUGGGAGGGGUACAACAGAUGCUUAUUGUGUGGCGAAAUACGGGCAGAAGUGGGUUCGAACAAGAACCAUUAUUGAUAGCUUUACUCCCAGGUGGAAUGAGCAAUAUACAUGGGAGGUUUUUGAUCCUUGUACUGUCAUAACUAUUGGGGUAUUUGAUAACUGUCAUUUGCAUGGGGGAGAUAAGGCUGGAGGGGCCAGGGAUGCAAGAAUUGGGAAGGUAAGGAUUCGUCUCUCCACCCUUGAAACUGAUCGGGUGUACACACACUCGUACCCACUUUUAGUUCUGCACCCAAAUGGUGUAAAGAAGAUGGGUGAAAUUCAUAUGGCUGUGAGGUUCACUUGCUCUUCUUUGCUUAACAUGAUGCACAUGUACUCCCAGCCACUGUUGCCAAAAAUGCACUAUAUUCAUCCAUUAACUGUAAGCCAGCUCGAUAGCUUGAGGCACCAGGCCACUCAGAUUGUAUCAAUGAGGCUGAGCCGUGCUGAACCACCACUGAGGAAAGAAGUGGUAGAGUAUAUGCUGGAUGUGGGCUCUCACAUGUGGAGUAUGCGAAGAAGCAAAGCUAACUUUUUCAGGAUUAUGAAUGUUUUGGGUGGGGUAAUUGCUGUUGGAAAAUGGUUUGAUCAGAUCUGUACUUGGAAAAACCCCAUUACAACUGUACUCAUCCACAUCUUGUUUAUAAUUCUGGUCAUGUACCCAGAGCUCAUAUUACCUACAAUUUUCCUCUACCUCUUCUUGAUUGGAGUUUGGUAUUAUAGAUGGAGACCAAGGCAUCCUCCUCACAUGGACACUCGUCUGUCUCAUGCAGAUUCUGCACAUCCUGAUGAACUUGAUGAAGAAUUUGAUACAUUCCCUACUUCACGGCCUUCUGACAUAGUAAGGAUGAGAUAUGAUAGGUUGAGGAGUAUUGCUGGGAGAAUCCAGACAGUGGUUGGUGACUUGGCUACUCAAGGGGAGAGACUGCAAUCUUUGCUAAGUUGGAGAGACCCGAGAGCAACAUCACUGUUUGUGCUUUUCUGUCUGAUUGCUGCCAUUGUUUUGUAUGUUACACCAUUCCAGGUUGUGGCUCUUCUCGCUGGAUUCUAUGUGUUGAGGCACCCAAGAUUCCGUCAUAAGCUUCCUUCUGUGCCGCUGAAUUUCUUCAGGAGGUUGCCGGCUAGAACUGACUGCAUGUUGUGA